UGCGACCGUGCUGUGUCUCACGGGUUUAGGAAGUGUCUCAGCUCAGGGGAUCCUAAACUGUUGUGGCUCCGGCUAUACGCCCACCCCUAGCUCCAGGGUAGAACGGGUAGAACCCUGAGAGAUGUACUUGAACACAUAAUCUAUGUCUCUGUCGUUGUACGCUUCAAUCUCGUGCAGUGAAAUCAUACUGCUUUGAAAGGCAGUGCCUAUGCUUGGGACAAUGUGAAGCAAACUUACCUGAACGAAGAACAAAGACGAGUAGAAGUUGAAUAGCGCACACACGCGACUGUGAUUGUCAAGCAUUCAAUUGGAUUGUGCAGCACUACAAAUAACACAAGGUCCUCUCUAUAGGCAUGACGUCUUUAAAGACGAGAAAGCUUGGAGCAAAGACAUUCUUUGCGUCUUGCCAUGCUAAGGAUACAUGUGGAAACAAUGGAUUGCCUUUGACACCUAACUCUAUCAGGAUCCUUGGCCAGUUCCAAGUACUGAAAACACUUUCCCACAAGAACCUCUGUACCUACCUGGAUGCCAUCCGCAGCAAGCAUGAGAGGCUAGUCCUUGUAUUUGAACAUUUUGAACAUAGCCUGGAAGAAGCGAUUCCAAGAAAACUUCCAGUGGAAGAGAUUGCAAAAAUUUGCUGUGAAAUUGUUGAAGCCCUAAAUUAUCUGCACAAUAAAAAAAUCUAUCAUCACGCCCUUUCUCCAAAGUCAAUUUUGCUGGACGAAGAGCGGCACGUCAAAGUAUCAAACUAUGGCCUGUAUCACGUAACAGAGCAUGCCAGAACGGUGCCUUUUCCCCUGGGGACACCCAAGUACCUGGCCCCAGAAGUCCUGAUUCAGGAAAGAAGCGUUGCUGACGGCCCCAAAAUAGAUGUGUGGUCACUAGGAAUUAUUGCACUAGAGCUGGCACUGGGCCGUGAGCUCUGGAAUGAUUCCAGCAUCGAAGACAUCUUCAAAGACCUUCUGACCCUGGUAAAAGAAGGUGGUGAUGCAUUGAACUUUAUUGCAAGCAAGAAUAGUUGUUCAGCAGCUGUGCAGGAAUUAGAUGGGAACCUCAUCGCAUUCAUCAGAUGCUGUCUCACCAUACUGCCUAAAGAGAGACCUUCAAUGGGUGACUUGCUUGCUCAUCCCUUCAUAAGCCAGUGCUACACACCGGAGAAGGACAUUGUUCCAGUAUCGGAAUUCCUGUCGACAAAACUGCGCUGCGAGCAUCUGACGCUGUCCAAAAAUCCAUUUUACAUACAAGACCAUUUAGCGGAAAGGCCAUUGCAGGAAAUUUACUACCUGUGGCAACUAGCAGGAGGAGAUGCGGAAGCGGAACUACAUAAGCAGGGAUGCAUUAAAGUGAAGCCUCCUGUCUGCACCUUGCCAUUUGUCAUGUUACUCGAAGGCGAAGAAUUUGGGCAGAAGAAAGAUGCAGCCUUUUACUUCGACGACACAGUGAUUUUCUUGCCUACCGAGCAGCUGAAGCAGAGAUUAAAAGAUGUGGAACCAAGCAUCUACUACCCUUUGAUUGAGAGCUUUCAAGAAGCUACGACAAGUCCUAGCGGGGACCUUCACGACACUGCGACCCUUCCCAUUGUCAUCCGUGAGAAAGACAUCGAAUACCAGCUCCAUCGGAUCAUACUGUACAGCAGACUCCUUCAGGCAUACCCUUUCAAGAAACUGCGUAUUGUCAGAGAAGCCAAAACUGACAUUCCACCUCUCUACAGAGGCUAUGUGUGGGCUGCCCUACUGGAAAUCCAGGGUGACCUACUCUCUGAGUAUGAAUCCAUAGACAAGGAGACUGUAACACCGACUGAUCGCCAGAUAGAGGUGGACAUUCCACGGUGCCACCAGUACGACGAGCUGCUGUCUUCCCCCACGGCACACUCGAAAUUUCGCCGGCUCUUGAAGGCGUGGGUUAUCAGCCACCCGCAGUACGUCUACUGGCAGGGGUUGGACUCCCUCUGCGCCCCUUUCCUUUAUCUGCACUUCAAUAAUGAAGCCCUGGCAUACGCUUGCCUCUCCACUUUUAUCGACAAGUACCUGCACAACUUCUUCCUGCAGGACAAUUCCCUGGUCAUCAAGGAGUACCUGGCCGUAUUCUCGCACCUGAUAGCCUACCACGAUCCAGAGCUGACAAACCAUCUGGAUUCGAUUGGAUUUUUGCCCGAGCUCUACUCCAUUCCAUGGUUCCUUACCAUGUACACACACGUUUUCCCGCUCCACAAGAUCUUUCAUCUGUGGGACACCUUGCUCUUGGGGAAAGACAGUUUUCCCUUCUGUAUAGGAGUCGCGAUUCUGCAGCAGCUACGUACAGACCUGUUGUCAUUUGGGUUUAACGAGUGCAUCCUCCUGUUCUCCGACAUGCCAGAAAUUGACAUCCAGCGGUGUGUACGCGACUCCAUCCGUAUUUUCUGCACCACACCACAAGGCGCAACGUACCGUGAACAUGCAAGGCCGACGAAUUCGGGGACCACCCCAUCUUCGCCCUCACUCACAAUGUCUGCAGUACCACUGGAAGUGCUGAAGUCUGAGCUCUGCCCACGGAUCUCGGCUGAAGAUCUGAUCGGAUUGCUGGAGCUCGGACGUGCGGAUGCUGCACCGAACAAGUUCCGUGUUCUCGUCGUGGAUGUGAGAGCACCGGAGGAGUACCUCCGAGGAGCUGUGCAAAACAGUAUCAACAUUCCAUAUGCCACUGCUUUUACUGGAGACAGCUUGACAAGUUCGCCCGAGGCGCACGUCCUGGCAGCUCACAAGGGAAAGAUGGUGCUUGUACUAGGAAGCCAUCAAGACAACAAUGCUUCUAGUUUUGCCAACGGGCUGGUGCGUCUCGGAUAUGCCCGCGUCUGCCUCCUGCACGGCGGUGUCGAAGUGCUGCGCACAACCAACGUUCUCUUUGUGCCCACGGCUGCCUGACAAUUCUCAAAUAAAAGUCCGCUUAUCGCUCU